AUGAAGACCCAAAUACUCCUGCCCACAAGCGCCCUAUCCGCUCGCCAUCGAGAACGACGUGGGCACAACUCGAUUCGGAAACAAAAGAAGGCCUGUGAACGGUGCCCGUGUCUUCCCAGACUUGGGGUUCUCGAGCUUACCAGUGAGCCGGCGCCCGCUCAUCAGCAUCCAAAGCAGGGCAACCAUGGUUCGAGACGUCCCGUCCAGUCCCAAAGCUUCACGGCGCCCAUUGCGCAUUCCGACUUCCGCCCCUACCCACCAGCUGUCGCUAUGCGCGACACAAAUAUGCGGAACGGUAACCGACCACAAGUAUCCCAGGGUAGUCACGGUACUGGCGCUCUUACCGACAUGCCCAGCGGAAACUCGGCCGUCGCCGGGUCCAGCUGGCCGACCAUCAUCCCCAUGUCCACCAUAGCAGGCGAAGAGGAUGGGGUAAUAAACUACCAGGUGGAGAACCAUCAAGUAGUGAUCGGCCAACCACUUAAUCACUUUUCUGAGAGCGGUAGCGAGUACGAAGACGUCGAGGACGAGGAGCACCAACACGAAGACGGACAAGGCGAACAAGAAGUGGAAGAGCACGACGACGACAAUGACGGACAUGAAAGCUUAUUCUAUGGUCACCACUACCUGCAUACUGAUCAAAUGUUGGGCCACCAUCCGCAGCCCUCCUUCUACCUUGGCCUGGACGGUUAUCUCUCCGACGACGUCGACAUGUCCGACGAUGCGGGUGCUCCCUUGGUGAACUACUUACAAGUGGCCAACUUGCUCACUAACGACAUGGAUACCGAUGCCGACCAUGAGGAUAGCAUUAGCAUGACCUCCUCCCUAUCAGACGAAGAGCAGUUCUCACAGUACCCUCCUGCUCCUCCAGCACCUUUCACGCCCUUCACCCUGGACUUGGUCAACCAGAUGCUGGCAACAACUGGGCAAGGUUGGCUGCCUACGACGACCGCGUCACAGGUGAUAUCCGGCAUCAUCAACACGGUGCAUCCCCAAGUUCCGCCUACAACGUUGCUUGAUACCUUUCCUCACCCGGCUCACGGCCCCAAUCCUCAUAGCAUGACUAGUCUUGGUCCAAGCAACCACUGCCUCACCCAACUGUUAUAUGACUGGGCUCGUCCAGAUCAUCGAGGGCAAGGAGUACAUCUACCUAGGGGCCCCUAUCCAUGGCCCAGCAGAAUUGCGGACCUCGCUGCGCAGAAGCUCUCACGGAUACGCUACACAGACCUUGCUGGGGAUCAAUGUGAUUUUCAAGGGGUGAACUGGGAAGAAUUAGGGGUAACUAGGCAGGAGGCACGGCAACGUAGACUCCUGACCUACAGGAACUACGUCAACGUGUCGGGGUCUGACAAGUGGGAUGAAAAUUGUCCCGAUGUUAGCUUACCUGGCACCGAUAGUUUCUUCAAGUUCCGGCGUAUGGAUUUCAAGUCCAACAUCAACUUGUCGCACUUUCAACUACGAAACAUAUUGGCCACCACCUCUCGUACUAAGAUCUUUUAUCCCGGCAGCGGCGCUGUACACCAGUUCAACCCAGUCUCGGGGAAGACUCGAGUAGUUAUGAAGCUCGGCGAUGCCCAAGGCUCACAUGUAUCUACUAUGGCCGCCGGUCACGGUGUCCUCAUAGCGGGUAGCUUCAAUGGAGAGUACACACUUCGCCAUAUGGACUCUGACGAGCCAGAGUCAUCAGCCUGCCACGAGGGUAUCAUCACCAGCAAUCAAAGUGGCAUUACAAAUCAUGCCCAAGUCUAUCAAGACCGAAAUUCCGACAGACCUCUGGCUGGCUUUGCAUCGAACGACGCCGUCUUCCGCGUCUUGGAUAUCACCACCGAGAAAUGGCUUUUUCACGAAGUUUACGACUUCCCGCUGAAUUGCACCGCGGUCUCUCCUGACCGUCGCUUGCGUGUCGCUGUUGGAGACCACAAGAACGUCUUCAUCACCACGACCGAGUCGACGCUGGGAGGUGGGAAACUCCAAAUCCUUCAGGAGCUCUCCGGUCAUCGUGACCACGGCUUCUCCUGCGCCUGGGCAGACGAUGGAUGGACAGUAGCCACAGGUUUUCAGGACAAAGCAAUCACGAUUUGGGACGCCCGCCGUUGGACAGACAGCAACGGGUCCUCGACACCACUAUGCACGAUACGUGCUGAGAUGGCCGGAGUCCGGAACUUGCAAUUCUCGCCGAUCGGCAGUGGCAAGCGUGUACUCGUCGCAGCCGAGGAAGCCGACUACAUCAACAUCAUCGAUGCACAGACCUUCCGUUCCAAGCAAACAGUCGACGUGUUUGCCGAGAUCGGCGGUGUCUCGUUCACAAACAGCGGGCAGGACCUCACGGUGCUGUGCUACGAUCCCACACGAGGAGGCCUUCUACAGUUGGAGCGGUGCGGAAUGAGUCAGAUGAUGACAGGAGACUUCGACGAGCGAGGCUUGGAUUAUCGAUAUUAUGGGCGACACAUGGGAGGAAGCGGUGACUCUGACUGGUUACAAUCUUCUUUCACCGAGGAGAAGCGCAUCAAGAAUAGCGUAGUUUGGAGAAGUCAAAGACGCGCGGCGUUAGCUGAUCUGGGGCCUUUUUGAGCUUGAUGGAAACCCCUCCCGCAAUGGGCGACAAAAGCAUAUGCCUCGGGCAAUUCGGCGAGUGCUACUGUAUCUCUGGGAGGGGCUGACGAGAGACGAGGAAACAAAACGAACACCAUGGCUAACAUUGGGCUGUGUGUACCCUCUGAAAUGGGCUUGAAGGGUCGUUUGGCGCCAGCAAGAACAAAUUUCGUCACGCACGCCAACGGUAA